CCAAGGAAGAACACAACAUAAACAUUUCCUAUAUAUUUUUCAACAAUAUUUUUUACAUCACACAAUAUUGUAUUUUCUGAUAUUUGUUGGAACGUUAUUAUAUUUUGCAUGAUUAUUUUGUGUGAAUUUCUUCCUUGUGUUAUAUGAUCUAUCUGGGGAAUAUAUAAAAAAUUAUUACAUUUUUUAAUAGUACAACAAAAUUUUUCAUACCUAGAUACAAUAUUUACAAAAAUCAAUAUAAUUAAAAAAUAACAACAUUUUUAUCGUGGUACAAAAAAAGUUGAUCAAAAUGCAAGGCAAGGAGGUGAUGCUGACGUCAGGGGCGAGUGGGCGAGUAAACGCAUUAUUAUCAAUGCAAGUUUUGAAAAGUUUGUUAAUGCUUGUGAGCGCGUUUUUACUUUUAUUGUUUUAUCCAUUUCGGGCAAGAAAAGCGAGGUCGUCGCCGCCGUCAUGUGUGGUGGCGCCGGGAAAAGAGGAGCAGGUGGUUAAAGGAGUGAGAGUGCCGGCGGUGGUGCCGUGGAAGAGUAGUGCAAAUGUGGUGGUGGAUCAAGAGGUGGCGGCGAGACGGGCGAUGGCGAUUAAAAAAGUGAUGGAAAAUGGCGGUGGUGGUGGAGAUGUUUGUAGAAGGGAAUAUUCGCUUUUUGUGACGCCGAGAGGUGAUACUAUGUUUACACAAUCUUGGACACCUGUUUCUGUCAAGCCCAGGGCACUUGUCAUUCUCCUGCAUGGACUCAAUGAACACAGUGGUAGGUAUGAUGAAUUUGCAAAGCAGCUGAAUGCACAUGGAUAUAAAGUUUACGGAAUGGAUUGGGUUGGACAUGGUGGCAGUGAUGGGCUUCAUGCAUAUGUACACUCUCUUGAAGAUGCCGUCACUGAUGUUAAAGCAUUUAUAAAGCAUGUGAUGUCCGAAAAUACAGGCCUUCCAUGUUUUUGCUUUGGGCACUCUACUGGAGGAGCCAUUGUCCUUAAGGCUGCUCUGGACCCAAAAAUUGAGAAGUCCCUAGCUGGUAUUGUGCUAACAUCUCCUGCGGUCGGAGUUCAACCGACCCAUCCAAUCUUUUUGAUACUUGCACCGAUCUUCUCCCUGUUGCUACCAAAAUUUCAGCUAAGUGCAGCAAACAAGACGGAAGCAGUAGUUUCUCGUGAUCCAGCAGCAUUGAUAGCAAAAUACUCUGACCCACUAGUUUACACAGGAUCCAUACGGGUUAGAACAGGCCAUGAGAUCCUAAGAAUCACAUCCUACUUGCAACGCAAUGCCCACAAGCUAAAAGUGCCUUUCUUUGUUCUUCAUGGAGGCGCCGACGCUGUAACUGACCCGAAUGCUUCUUUGAAGCUAUAUGAACUGGCAUCUUCAGAAGAUAAAUCCAUCAAACUUCUUCCACAAUGUCUACAUGAUUUACUGUUUGAACCAGAACAAAAGGAGAUCAAAAGGGACAUUAUUGAUUGGUUGAAUAGCAGAGUGUGAGUUUGAUCAUGACGUAUUUGGAAGCUGGAACAGGGGUGCCAGAAAUAAGAUGUGGGUCCGAAGACCGAGUUUUGCCGGGGUCGUGACUCAUGAGCAAAGAGUUGGCGAUUUAUCAUGCAGAAAAUGCUUCCAAGAUACUCGCUAAUUGUUGUGUAUUUUGUACAUCUUUAGUAGGAUUAUCUUCGAUUCUUCAUGAAUGAGUGAGAUUCCAGUUAUUCUGUGUCUUUCUUCCGGGACGUCUUUUGAAGGAAGAAAUGACUGCAAGAAUUUCAACUGCAAGAUGAUGGGUUUUAAUGUCAUCAUCAUUGUUAUUCGCUAAAAUCUUACUUUCGAAUUUCUGUUUAAACUGAACUUUGAACUAUGAACUAUUAAGACUUUAUUA